GGUCGUUUUGCAGCAAGAGAUCGUCAGCAGUCGCAGUAGACCAAUCAAACAAAACACAAACUUGUGGAUUGUCGAAAACCUUCGCCUUGCAGAAUUUAAAAUAUUUCAUCCAUAAUUGACAAACAAAACCCACCAACAAGCAAAUAUCACCAUAAUAAACGAACAUUAAUCAUAGUUGUAGCCAAUUUACAAGAUAUACAUGUUCCCGCCGUAGUUGAUAAUCGAACGACAGAACACAUAUUAUGUAUCCCAAUUCCUAAAGCCGAUGCAGAACUCUCCUAUGUACAUCUGUAUGUAUGCUCACAAGUGGUGGAUGGAUGUUACGAUGGGAUCGAAAGCGCUUAUAGUUUUGAGCAUAUGGAAAAUGUGUGUUUUCAGAAAAUGCUUUUCAAUUCAGUUUGCUCUUUAAACUCAAAAGAAAAAGAUAUCAACAUGAGGAAAUAAAGCAGACGAGUGUGUGCGAAUUUAAUUAUAAAGACCUAUCGAAAACAUGUUUAGAACAUCCCAAGAAAUUCGUUUAAAUGCUGAUGAAUCCAAUCAAAAACCAAAUCUCAAUAAGGGAGUGGAAUUUUGUGGUUUUGGAAAAUAUCACAAAACACCAGAUAUGGAUAAAUAUUCCACCCAACCGUCACAGGUUUUCAUUGCCCCGGAACUAACAGAUCCUAGCCGUGUGCAAUUGUUUCAUUUUCCCAAUGGCGCCUUAAUGGUCAAUACUGAUGUCAAUUUUAUAAUCAAACGUAACGGGGUUAAAGGAAACUUUGAAGUAAAGCUGGAGAAUCCCUUUGGACAUCUCAUGUAUGUACCUUUAAGGAUUUUGGAUCCUGAAAGAUUUGAGGUUGGCUUCAAUUUGAACGAGGCCGGUUUAUAUAAAGUUCAUAUCAAAUGCAAUUCAGUAUCAUUGCCAAAAUCGCCUUUUAUUAUUGUGGCCGUUAAAGGAACUGAAUUAGAGACAGAUAACAAAAUGGCAUUGCCGAAUUUUACAUCCGAUGCUUCCAAGGUUAUCCACCGAGGUCUUGGUUUGAGCCAUAUAAUGUUAAAUGAGAAAAACGAAUUUACAAUUGAUGGUUCAGCGGCGGGCAAUAACAUUUUAUUUGUGGGCAUAUUCGGCCCCAAGGGACAAUGUGAUGAGGUCGUUGUCAAGCACAUGGGUAAGGACGUCUAUAAAGUAACUUAUAAAGUAGAAGAUCCCGGAGACUAUUUGUUGGCGGCUAAAUGGGGUGAUGACCAUAUACCUGGUUCGCCGUUUUCUUUAACUACCAAUUGAAAUGUGAAAAAUAGUUCAUAGAUAUUUGUAAAAUAUAUCACUAAAGAUUAGAGUAACAACAAUAAAAAAAAGUUUAACAUUCAAAGGUGA